AUGAGUGCAUCUGACAAUAAAGGUUCUCCAUCUGACAUUCCUCAACAUCCAGAGCCACAGUCUCCAUUAAAAACAUCAACCAGUCAAGUGGAGGACAAUAACCAGAUUGUGAUGGUCCAAAGUGGUUCAGCUCAGCACAAUUUACCAAAUGCUAGUAUAGCUCACUCAUUAGAUGAGGAUAUCAGUCAACACUCUGCUGCCAUUGUGAAGAAGCACUCUUUGAAUCCCUCUCCUAUGUCUCUCUCACGUGUUGUUCAAGACCCUUCUGAAAUUGAUCCGGAUAAAACUAUGGAAAUGGUCUCUAUCCGCAACAACCAACAGCAACUCAGUUUGGCGCAUGAAGGCAUCAAGAUGCCUCAAAGAACACUUACCAGAACAUGGAAAAGAGCUGUUUUCAAAGAUGGUAGACUCCAGAGAUAG